AUGACGGUGAAACCCUUCAAGGGCAAAUCCGUGCACGGGGACGUGGAGCUGAGGGUGGAGCAGGCCCAGUUCUCGGAGCUCUCCUUGGCUGCCUCCACCCACGGCGCCCUCAGCGUCACCAUCGACCCCCCCCGGGGGGGCUCCAGGAAGGUGCGCCCCGAUUUCGUGCUGGUGCGGGAGGAGCCCGAGGGGGGGGCGGGGGGCGCCCCCCGCAGGCUCCUGGUGGGAUUGCACCUGGGGGGGGUCCCCGGCAGCGACCCCCUCCCCACCCUGUACGGCUUCAGCCACGCCCCCUGCCUGUUUGCCCAGUUGGCUCGGCUGCAGCGGGAACUGGGCCAUGAGGCCUUUCCACUGGUGCCCCAGCGCUUCUGCAACCGGCCCCGGGGACUGCUGACCGCCCCCACCUUCCCCAUGACGGUGACGCUCAGCCCCGCCCCCGCAGGGGUGGGACAGGUGCGCGUGGGCUCCCGGCAGGUGCUGGGGGCGGUGGCCGCUGCCAUGGGCGGGGCCCGGGCGGGGGCGCUGCUGCGGGGGGACCCCGCGGGCACCGAGCGGCUGCGGGUGCAGAGGAUCGGGGACCAGUACCGGGCCCUGCGGUGGUCCCUGGGGGGCGGGGACAAAGCGGGGGAGGAGCUGCAGGUGGAGCCCGUUGCCCUCAGCCCCAGGCACCGGGCGUGGGUGGACGCCUGCGCCGGCCUCUUCGGGGGCGCCGACAUCUGCGGGGUGGAGGCGCUGCGGGGCCCCGACGGGCAGGAGCACAUCGUGCAGGUACGGGCACACCUGGCACAGCUGGCUCCGCCCCCUCAGCUGUUUCUCUUCCCCCAGGUGCGCCGCCUCCGUCUGGCCCCGCCCAGCCCCGCCCCCAACCGCAGGGACAGCCACGCCCACAAAUGGGUGGAGCUGCACCACGCCCCGCCCAGCCGGGCACCGCCCAGCCUCGAGGCCCCGCCCAGCCCCGCCCGCUCGCUCCCCGCCCCCGAGCAGGGCCCCCCCGAGAGCCUGCGGGCGCUGCGGCAGAGCUUCGCCAGCCUCUUCGAGUGA